CAUCUGUAGCCAUGACUGAAGGAGUUAAUUGGAGUUUGUCUAAUUGAUAAAUAAAGUGACGUGCCUCUAGAGAGAACAUUUUUCCAUGCACAUCCACAGCUAUACCUCAUUGUUUUCUUAUCCCAUGAGUUUAGAGCUGACAGAGCGGUGAAGAACCACCUGAGCUGUGGGAUUGAGUUACUGCUCUUUAUGAGGGAUUGUUUUACAAGGUGUAUGCUCAGAGCAGCCUAGCAUUAAUUAUUUAUCUGUCCAAAGAUAUCAGCUUCUUUGUGUCUUACCACACCUUUUUGGCAAAGAGGGGAAACUGCGCAAAUCAGACAGGAGAGCAAAAAAAAAGACUCAGAGCAACAAGAAACGAAAUUCAUGGAGAACGGAGUAGAUCCUGAGCAGAAAGAAUGCAAUGGCCCAAGAGAGACAACACACAAGUCAAAGGAAACCAGACAAAAUGUACCAGCUGAUUCAACGCAGGGCACUGCAGCACCUCCUCACCCACCAAGAGUUCGACCAAGGCUGGUUUUCCAUACUCAACUUGCUCAUGGCAGCCCAACUGGAAAAAUUGAGGGCUUUACCAACGUCAAAGAACUUUAUGCCAAAAUUGCAGAGGUGUUCAACAUAUCUCCAACAGAGAUUUUAUUCUGCACAUUGAACACGCACAAAGUGGACAUGCAGAAGCUUCUUGGUGGUCAGAUUGGUUUGGAAGAUUUUAUCUUUGCACAUGUUAGAGGAGAAACCAAAGAAGUUGAGAUCACCAAAACAGAAGAUGCCUUGGGCCUCACAAUUACUGAUAAUGGAGCUGGAUAUGCAUUUAUAAAGAGAAUUAAAGAGGGCAGCAUCACUGACCGACUUAAAACUGUCAAUGUGGGGGACAAUAUUGAAGCCAUAAAUGAUCAGACCAUUGUGGGAUGUCGGCAUUAUGAAGUGGCGAAGAUGUUGAGGGAACUUCCAAAAUCGGAGACAUUUACCCUACGCCUGGUUCAACCAAAACGAGCAUUUGAUAUGAUUGGACAAAGAGGCAGACCCAAUAAAUGUGCUAGUGAAGGAAAAAUAUCCAGUGGAAAAGAAACUCUUCGUCUCAGAAAUACAGGCAUGGCUACUUUGGAAGAACUGCCAAGUGAUGGGGAGGAAGAGGUGACACGCAAAGUGGAUGACUUAUUGGAAAGUUACAUGGGAAUCCGUGAUAUGGAGCUUGCAACAACUCUUGUGGAGACUGCCAAGGAGAAGACAACCCCAGAAGAGUUUGGCCUAGGACUUGACAAUUUACUAGGAGAAUUUGCUUUUCCUGCUGAGUUCAUACUGGAGGUUUGGGAAGCCAUAAACCAGGCAAACUGAACUUCAUUUCUAGCUUACAGGUGUCCUUCAUAGUUAAGAAUGAUCAGAAAUCUGUAUUUUUUUGCCAUGUGGCUUGAAAGGAACAUAUGAUAAUUCUUACAUUUUGUAUAGAUUAAUAUAGAUAACUUCAACAUGCAUUCCAGGGCUGUUUUUGCUUAUAUAGUGCAGCACAGGCUAGUAGAGAAUAAUGUAGAGGUUCUUGUGUAUGCUUUGUGCUAACCUGUUUUAGCUAAUGUAGCAACAAUGGAUUUUAGUCAUCCUGAUUCAUCCUGAUUUCAGAACAGAAAUAUUUUUUUUAUGCUGCCUACAUUUCCCAUGAUUUCUCUGAAUUUACAACAGAGUGUUAAAGGGGUUAUGCAGGAAUAAAAAAAAAACAGAGCUAAUUUCUUUAAAAAAAAAACAGCUCCCUGUCUGUUUUCAGGUUCGGUGUGGUACCAGAGCUUAGUUCCAUUGAAGUGAAUGAAACCAAGUUGUAAUACCACACACAACCUGGGGACAGACAUGGAGCAGUUUUUGAAAGAAAUUAGUUCUGUUUUUAUUCCUGGAUAAUCCCUCUAAUCACUGCAGUUUCACCUAAUAUCACCCACUAAAUCACCUGGCUAGACUUUAGCAACCAGAAGCCUAUAGUGCUAAAACUCUUACAUGCAGUUUUGAUGCAUUUCCUGUUCAAAGUGCAUUUUUUUUAGAGAAAUAUUGCUAUGAAAGAAACCUAUAAUCACAAUUGGAGAUUUGAAGAAGAUUUGAAGUCUGCAGACUGUGUUCACAUGUUGCAUGUUUAUUGCAUUGUUGACAUGUUUUCACAUUGUUUUGGUUAUGUUUUUGCUGCAAUGUC